GAAGAGGGAGGGUCGAGGGAAAGACACAGCCGCCUGUUUGCAGAGUGAAGAUGCAUCCACUCUGAGAAGCGGCUGCUUGCAGCUUUCUGGCCCCUCGUCUCCGCACGAGGACUGCUUAAAUCUGUUCCUCCCCUCCCUUGCACAGAAACGGAGAGACUGGUCCGGAGGCUCCUCCUUUCUCUCCUAUGAAACUGAGUCAAGUUUCCUCUUAGGGUGCAUAGUGGGAGGUGGUUUUUUUUUUGCUUCACUCUGCCAGGCAGGAAGGUGCCAGCUGCAUCUCCCACACCGUCUCCUGCUUGAAAAAUAAGCUUGGGUACCUGAAGGAGCCACUGUAUCUCUCCUUGGGUGCAGCGCUGGGGAGCCAAGCGAUGCAUCUCAACACAACUUCUUCCCUCUACCAGCUGGGAUAUCUUAUGAGUGAGUUUCAACUGCCCUCUGCUAAUUCUGUCCUGCCCGAAGCAGAGAACCUCUCCAAUGGUUCAGGACUUGGGUCCAUGAUCCCACCCAACGAGGAGGAUCUGGAUGUGAACACGGACAUCUACUCCAAGGUGAUGGUGACCAUCAUCUACCUGGUGCUCUUCUUGCUGGGGACGGUAGGCAACUCCAUCACCGCUUACACCCUGGUGAGGAAGAAGUCCCUGCAGAACCUCCAAAGCACCGUGCAUUAUCACCUGGCCAGCUUGGCGUUCUCCGAUCUGCUCAUCUUCCUCCUCUGCAUGCCCAUCGAACUCUACAACUUCAUCUGGGUCCAUCACCCCUGGGCUUUCGGCAACGACGUCUGCAAGUGCUACUACUUCCUGAGGGAUGCUUGCACCUACGCGACGUCUCUCAACAUCGCCAGCCUCAGCGUCGAGAGGUACAUGGCCAUCUGUCACCCUUUCAAAGCCAAGAGCAUCAUGUCCAGGAGCCGGACCAAAAAAUUCAUCAGUUGCAUCUGGGUGGCCUCCUUCCUGCUCGCCAUCCCGAUGAUCUUAAUCAUGGGCGAGAUCUACAGGAUACCCCAAGAUCCCGACUCGCUGGUCUGCACCCAGAUUGUGGAUGAUUCCACGCUGAAGAUUGCCAUUCAGGUCAACGUCUUCAUCUCCUUCGUUUUUCCAAUGGCGGUUAUCUCCGUCCUCAACACCAUCAUAGCCAACCAACUUAUCAUCAUGUUCAAGCAAGCGGCCCAAGAACACCAAGUGUGCACAAUUGGAGGACAGCAGACCAUGCUUAGCAUGUCCAUGGAACCUGGCCGUGUUCAAACUUUGAAGCAUGGAGUUCGAGUUCUACGUGCUGUUGUGAUUGCCUUUGUGGUGUGCUGGCUUCCGUACCAUGUGCGGCGGCUUAUGUAUUGCUACAUCUCAGAAAAUCAGUGGUCAGACUUCCUUUACGACUUCUACCACUAUUUCUACAUGCUGACGAACAUCCUCUUCUACGUCAGUUCGGCGAUUAACCCGGUCCUCUACAACUUGGUCUCCACCAACUUCCGCCAGAUCUUCUUCUCCACCUUCAUUUCCAUAUGCCUGCCCUGGCGAAAGAAGAAGAAGAGAACCAAGUUCAACAGGAAGUCCAACAGCCUCUCUAGUAACCAUACUUUUUCUAGCCAGGUCACCAGAGAAACCACCUAUUGAGAUAUUGGGAUUCCCAAGAAGAAAAGGAAGGAAGGGAAAAGGUUCCAGCAAGGAAACAGAACUAGUGAAAGGGGGUCUGUCCUGCUUUCAGACAUGACUUCCAACUUCACCGCCGCAUCAAUAUGUUUAGCUGAUUGCUGUCCAUUGGAAUGAAUACGUGUCCAUGGUUAACAUUGAGGCGAUGUUCCUGCCUUGGCCUCUGGCUUUUUGUGAGUUAUGUCUCCAUGUGUUGUCAUCUUGAUCCAGCAUAGAGGUUUGCCUGUUGAUGUUCUCCAGGAAGCUUUCUCAUCUAUGGAGUCAAUGUUGGCCAAGCUUUGAAUGCCUCUUGCCAAGCACCAGGGAAAUCAGAAGAUUCAGGCAAUUCAAAUGAGUAUAAAUAUUUAUUGUGAUCUUAAGCUGCCGAGAAGAAUCUGACCCACUGUCCGUUAAAGGGAAAUGAGCGGGAGAUAAGAAGGCCUUCAAGGUGGGGUGGACUUCAAUCUCUUGCAGCGCACAGGGAUUCGUGACUUAUGACAUGCUUGGCCCACUCGCUCGGGCUCAGCCUACAACUCUCUUACUGUACUCAUUCGGUUUCUCAGUUUAGAAGUGCCAUCAGCAAGGAGAUUUAAAAUCACUUAACCAGGUUAUCUUGAAAAUGCAGAGAGGAGGCGAAGAAAUGGGCAAGAUUUCAUUUUUGUAGGAAAGAACCACAGGGUUGUGGUUUUAUGCACAGGUAGUCCUCGACGUAUGACCACAAUUAAGUGAAUGUUGCCCUAUUUUACAUCCUAUCUUGUCACAGUUGUUAAGUGAAUCGCUGCAGUUGUUCAAUUCGUGACUCGGUUGUUAAAUGAAUCUGGUUUCCCCUUUGACUUGGCUUGUCAGUAAGUGACCAAACGAUCCCUUACGACACUGCAACCGUCAUAAAUACGAGUCAGUUGCCAAGCGCCUGAAUUUUAAUCACAUGACCAUGAGGGUGCUGCAACGGUCAUAAAAGUGUGAAAAAAACGGCCCUAAGUCCCUUUUUUUUUUCAGGGCUGCUGUAACUUUGAACCAUCACUAAAUGAACUGUCGUAAUUCGAGGACUGCCUGUCUUUAUUUAUUUAUUUAUUUAAUUUUAGGAUGUGGGAAAGGCUCCAUACCACAAGUUUUUACAGAAAGAGGAAUGCAAACUUUAGUAAAGUGCACGCAAUCCUCAGAAAAUGAGGUUGUUUCUGUUUUUUUGGAAAUCAGGCUGCAUUCAAACCUCAUAUCCUACGUAGGGAAUUAAGUUUGGACCCCUUCCCCUCUUCAAUUUUUUUUUUCUUUGCCAGAAAUAGAAAUGCUUUGAUAAAGCCACAAUGUCCUUAUGGAUCUAGCUUGGAAGAACAACACUUGGAUUCACCUUCUUUCUUGGUAGUCCUCGAUUUACGACCACAACUGAGCCCAAAAUUUCCUUUGCUAAACGAGACAUUUCUUAAGUGUGGUUUUUUCCCAUUUUACCGCCUUUCUUGCCCCGGUUGCUAAGUGAAUCACUGCAGUUCUCAAGUUAGUAACGGGGUUGUGAAGUUGGCUUUGCUUGUUAGAAGGUCGCAAAAGGGAAUCACAUGACACACAUACACACAGGCCACUGCAACCGUCAUAAGUAUGAACCAGUUUGCCAAGCAUCUGAAUUUUGAUUAUGGGACCCCCCCCGGGGAUGCUGCAACGGACGUAAGUGAGAAAAAUGGUCAUAGGCCACUUUUUCAGGGCCGUUGUAACCUUGAACAGUCACUAAAUGAGCUGUUGUAAGUCAAGAGCUACCUGCACUGGAACAGAAAAAUAGUCAUCAAUAUGACUAUAUGACACCUGAAUCCAGGGGUGGUAUUGACUUCCUGCUUUCUAGCAAAGCUAAACCGCGCUGCACAGCUGAUCGUUGGAAGAACCGGUUCAGAGGAACCGGUACAGAGGUGGGUUUCAGCAGGUUCUGACCAGUUCUGGAGAACCAGUAGCGGAAAUUUUGAGUAGUUCGGAGAACCGGUAGUAAAAAUUCUGACUGGCCCCCGCCCCAUCUAUUCUCUGCCUCCUGAGUCCCAGCUGAUCGGGAGGAAAUGGGGAUUUUGCAGUAUCCCUCCCAUGCCACGCCCACCAAGCCACGUCCACCAAGCCAUGCCACACCCACAGAACCAACCGGUAGUAAAAAAAUUUGAAACCCACCACUGCUUACCUUCACUACCAGUUCGCAAAUGUGAGCACGCGUGCGACACCUUUGCACAUGCUCAGGACCUUCCGUCCAUGUGCAGAGCAUUAAAAACAGGAUGUGAUGAUGUCCGGGCAGGUGGGCGGAGUCUCCCGCAGCUGCCACUACCGUUUCACCCGAACCAGAUAGAAUGAAUGAAUAGAAUGAAAGCUGAAUACCACCAGUGGUGUGAUCAAAUAACCAUGGACAACAGUUGUAAAGUGUGAAAAACAGUCAGCGGCCACUUUUUUCCAGUGCCGUUGUAAGUUCGAAUGGUCACUAAAUGAACUGUUGUAAGUCGAGGACUACCAGUGUCAGUUUCGUUUUUCGGCACCAGUGCUCUGUUUCUUGAUCCACGGACGGAGGUGUAAUAUACGAUGCCUAAAGAUAGGAAUUUCAUAGGGGAAGGGAGCUGGGAAUGUUUGCUAGACUAGAGAGAUAAAGUAUAGAACCAAUGAGUUAAUUGCUUCAUUAAGGAACAAGCAUCCAGAUGUCUGCUAUAAAGAAAAUUUUGCUCCCAGAGCUUAAAGGAGAGGGAUCUAGUUAAUGUUAAUUGAUGAUAAUUGCUUCUGCUACAUAUCACAGCGAGCACCAUGGCACGGGGACAAUAUUCUGGAUCCUCCAUAGAAUGGAGGGUUAUAUUUAAAACCUAAGCCACCAAAACAAAGCAAAAAGAACAGGGGGAAAAAUUAUUAUUAUUAUUAUUAUUAUCAUUACAGGUAGUCCACGACUUAUGGCCACAAUUGAGCCCUAUGUUUGUGCCAGACAUAUGUUAAGUGAGUUUUGCCUCCAUUGUUCUGCCCCAGCUACGGACCCCAAAGAACGCAGCACACACAAAGUCUGUACAAACCUUAGUUUACUAAAUUAAAUCAGUCUUUUUUCAAACAAAGGCCGUUAAUUAACUUUCUUAACAGCCUACAAGAAUCCAAAGAAUAAAUAAUCGUAAUCUUACUAUGGUUGGCAGAAAGCCCAGAAGCAAUUUGCAGGAAACUGAUAAGAGAACUAAGAUCGAGACGCGAAGGAGAGUGAACGAAGUUGUUCCCUGCAAAUUGCUUCAGUCGGCGUUCCUCCUUAAAUAGGCUAAGGGAGUGGCCAAUUAGCUCCAAGCCUUACUCUCAAGGAGACCUCCUCCUGAGGAGCCUCUCCUGCCUUUUGGCAGCUCUGCGUGCCCGUGCAUUGAGAAGAGGCUCCUCCUCUUCUUCCUCUUCACUUAUGGGAGCUUCUGGAGGUUCUGAAGGCUCUGGCUGAAUCCCCGCCUCUGGCACCACAUCUUCUCCAGCCUCCUCAUUGUCCGACUCGAGUGCCAGCUGCACAGGCUGCUGGCACAGCACCACACCAGCCUCCUCACUGUUGGAAUCAGCUACUAGCUGCUCAGGCCGCUGACGGGCCACAACACCCAUUUUACGACCUUUUGUGUCACGGUCUUUAAGUGAACCGCUGCAGUUGUUAAGUUAGUCACACAGUUGUCAAGUGAAUCUGGCUUCCCCAUUGGCUUUGCUCGUCAGAAAGUCACAAAAGGGGAUCGCAUGACACACACACACACACCCCGGGGACAACGCAACCGUCAUAAAUCUGAGUCAGUUGCCGAGCAUCUGAAUUUUGAGCACGUGGUCUUGGGAAUGCUGCAACGGUCGUAAGCGUGAAAAACGUUCAUACAGGACGUCACAUUUUUUUAGUGCCGUUGUCUAUUCGAACGGUCACUAAAUGAACUGUUAUAAAUUGAGGACUACUUCUAAACUAUUCCAAAGUAGGAUGUAUAUCAUCAUCCUCUUUUAACAACCCAUAAUCCCUUGCGGGAUGGAGUCUGGGCAACUGAAUGGAGCUGAGUAUUUACUGGCCGGAUGCCUUUCCUUGUCACCAAUGCAGAGUUUUGUUCGACAGAUAUAUUCUCAGUGUGCCCAGAGAGAGAAAUACAUGCUUCUACCUAGGAUUGAACUCACAGCCUCCUGAUUGUGAGGCGAGAGCUCCACCUCUAGGCCACCGUACCACCCCCAAAGUAGGAUGUAUAUACUGUAAUGAAUUGUCAGGCAAGCCUGCCCCCUUGCUCACAUGGCCGUUAGUGUUGAUGUAGUGUGUGGAUCACUAGAGCCACUUGUGUUUCUACAUGAUCCAAUACUAUUCACUCAAAGUUCUGGAGAUGUUCUACAACUUCACGCUCACCUGCUGCUUUUUCUCCUAAGGCUGCUCAGUCGACCUUCCUGUGUUACAUAUUUGAAGUUUGGGAAGUCUUAGGCAGUAAUGAAAUGUUCAAGAGAUAACCCAAUGUGCAGGGAGUCACUAUUAACCUACAAAAGCUUUAAUAAUUACAAUUGCUUAAGCUUUACACACAGGCACAUACUCACUUAUUCUGAGAGCUUAUGUACCAUAGACAAAUUUCUUGUCCGUCCAAUCACACUUGGCCAA